AUGGGUUCAUUAACUUCUCAAUCUAGUAAUACAUCCUUAGGUUCUCCAUUACGUUCAUUUCAUUCUGAUAUAUCUUCUAUUGAAACUUAUUCACUUGCUUCACUUAUAACAAUGAUUGAACAUUAUCAAAAUGCUCAUAUGGUUUUCAUUGAAUUUGAAAAUUUAUCUUGUGCUUGUUCAUUACUUCCAAAACAAUCAAUAUUAAUCGAACAAUUACUUGCUUUACAUCCACAAUUUGAUCGUCGUCCUUAUUUUCUUUUAGAACAAUCUUGUCGUGCUUAUUUUACAUAUUUACAAUUAAGUUAUACAAAUACUUAUGGAAAUGUCAAUGAGGAAAAAUCUAAUAAUAAUAAUAAUGAUGCACCAAAUAUUCUUGUUACAUUAUGUUUAUUAAAUGUACUUGUACGUUAUCCUCAACAAUUACGUUCGAUAGUUGAAAUAAUUCUCGUUAAUAUGACAACUGUAGCAUGGAAACAUCUUAUACCAGAAUUAUUUUCUCGUUUAAAUCAUCGGGAUAGUUUUGUUCGAGAUUAUGUAAGAAAUUUCUUAAUAGGUAUAACAAAAGAUUUUUCACAAUUAAUUCUUUAUUCAGUUAUUCUUGGAAUAACUGAUGAUUCGAAAAUGCGAUGA